GAUUUGGGAGGAGUCACGGCGGCUUUGGGGUUUACUUACCGAUCGGUCCAGAUAGCUGGAUUCUUUAUAACCCAAUGAAAUAGCGUACGAUGCGACAGUGCCCGCAAGAGUUCAAGACAGAUACCGCAAGGGAAAACCGAGUUCACAGUUAACGUUACCAUUCAUACCGAGUUCGGUUGGAUUCGUGUGGAAUCGCGCUUACAACAAAAAAACGAGUAGACGAUGGCCAAACCUAACUAUACUGGCGUUUACCACAUGGUUUCCCAAGAUAACUUCGAAGCUUAUCUGGCGGCUUUAGAUGUAAAUUACGCAUUAAGGAAAGUCGUCUGCCUUUUGAAACCAAGUAAACAAAUUGAGCAUGAUGUAAACACUGGAAACAUGAAGAUAAAGACGGUCACUACAUUUAAGAACUUCGACAUGGACUUCACUUUGGGAGAGGAGUUUACAGAGGAUCUGGGGCCGGUUGAUGGGCGAAUGUGCCAGUUACACAAAAGACUUGGAGCCGUGCCAAUGGAUAACGUUCUCCGUAUGUUUCAGACCACAGUAGACUGGGAGGGUGAUAAAUUGUUGUGCGUGCAGCGAGGAGAGAAAGAGGAGAGAGGGUGGACACACUGGCUGGAGGGAAACACUCUUCAUUUGGAGUUGAGGGCUGAGGGUGUCACUGCCAAGCAAGUCUUUAAGAAGGCUGAGUGAAGGAUAGCAAUAGAAAGAAAGCUUUUGAGUUCAGCGUGUCUGUAGAGCUCAGGGCUCAGAGAGGGGCUACGUUACCACAGAGACCCCCCCCCCAUAUCAGCAAAAAACGGGGACCACCAA